UCCAGUUAUAGCUAGAAAUUUGCACAUAUUUCACACUGUAAAACUAUGACAGAAAUGGGUGCUACUUUUCUGUUGGCAGUGGCCCAGGACUGUAAAGCCACACCCGGGCAGUUCUAUGACAGACUGCUGAAGAAGUGUCUGAAAUGCUCCGUGGUGUGUGGCAGUCACCCGUCAGAGUGUUCACAGGAAUGCCAAUCACAUCCGUCCGUGGCUGUAACACAGAUGUCCGGGGAUGGCACUGCACUACAAACUGUCAACAGUAGGGGGAGCUCUGGGCCUACACGUCCUCCAUAUACAGACGUUCUGGUGUACUCCCUGUUGGGCUUGUGCUUUGCUGUGCUGCUCUGCACACUCUCUGUGGCUCUGCUGGUUCUGCUGAGGAGAGCCAAGAGCCAAAAAGACCAAGAGACCCCCGACGAAGGCCAGCAGCCAAACAACGGAGCUCUUUCAUCAAAAGACUGUUUGAUGGCACAGGCAGAGGCUGCGUCUGAGGAGGGUGUGGCGAUUGCCAAGACAAACAGACCCAGAGCUACAGAGACCUGCGUUCACUGCUUCACUGGCCACAGAGGGGCAGCACCAAACCUGUACCAACAGGCCGUCCCCAGUCACCAGUCCACCUCUGGAGAGCCCAGUCAGAACCAGGAGAACAAUCACUGUUCUAACAGCUACGUGGGCAGAAUGGCAGAGAACGGGUGCGACGCGGUCAGCGCAAUGAGGAUCAUAUGUUCUCCCACGCAGACCAGCAUGUGAGGGAGAGCACCCAGACACCCGCACCUUCUCAAGCAGGGAAAAGCCGUUCAGCCUGAGCCAGGGUUGUGCAGAACCGCUUUGGUACACCUGCAAACAUGUUUCCAUCAAAUCUGUCCACUUUAGCAAAAGGCAUCCAAUUACAGAGCUGCUUUCUUUGAGUGCAGAGCAUCCAGCGCAUUUCCCAGAUCUGCGGCCUUUACGAUCGCGUAAACUUUUGAGGGGCUGUUCUGGAAAUCGAACUGAAUGACUUUGGCUCAAGGCCAUUCAUAUGCAUGGCUACUCGUGUAAACCCUUAUGAAUUC